AUGAGAUCCUCCGUGUCUCGGCAGACAUACUCCACCAAAGGGGCCUUCAGCUCCAGCUCAGUCAGUGGUGGGGGUGGUUCCCGGGCCCGCACCAGCUUCAGCUCGGUGACUGUGUCCCGGAACAGUGGCAGCGGCGGGGGGCCCCGCUGUGGCCCCAGCAUGGGUGGCUUUGGGAGCCGGAGCCUCUAUAACUUGGGGGGCAGCAAGAGCAUCUCGGUCAGCGUGGCUGGAGGGGCCUCGGCAGGGCGGGUGCUCGGAGGCUUUGGCCUUGGCGGUGGGGCCUACAUGGGCCUGGGGGCUGGCAGGCCGAUGCUGGGGCCCGUCUGUCCUCCUGGUGGCAUCCAGCAGGUCACCAUCAACCAAAGCCUGUUGACCCCCCUCCACGUGGAGAUCGACCCGGAGAUCCAGCGGGUACGCACGGAGGAGCGGGAGCAGAUCAAGACCCUCAAUGACAAGUUCGCCUCGUUCAUCGACAAGGUGCGGUUCCUGGAGCAGCAGAACAAGGUGCUGGAGACCAAGUGGGCGCUGCUGCAAGAGCAGGGUCAGAAAUCGGGCGUCACCAGGAACAAUCUGGAGCCCCUCUUUGAGAGCUUCAUCAACAACCUGCGGGGGAAGCUGGACAACCUCCAGAGCGAGCGGGGGAGGCUGGACUCAGAGUUGAGGAAUGUGCAAGAUCUUGCUGAGGACUUCAAGGCCAAGUAUGAGGAUGAAAUCAACAAGCGCACUGCGGCAGAGAAUGAGUUUGUGGUCCUCAAGAAGGACGUAGAUGCCGCAUACAUGGGCCGAAUGGAUCUGCAUGGCACGGUGGAUCGCCUGGUGGAGGAGAUGGACUUCCUGAGGCAUCUCUAUGAAGAGGAGCUGAGCCAAGUGCAGACUCACGUGUCUGACACUAGUGUCAUCCUCUCCAUGGACAAUAACCGCAACCUCGACCUGGACAGCAUCAUCGCUGAGGUGAAGGCCCAAUAUGAGCAGAUUGCCCAGAGGAGCAGGGCUGAGGCUGAGUCCUGGUACCAGACCAAGUAUGAGGAACUGCAGGUGACCGCUGGGAAGCAUGGGGACAACCUGAGGGACACCAAGAAUGAGAUCGCUGAGCUCACCCGCACUGUGCAGAGGCUGCAGGGGGAGGCAGAUGCAGUCAAGAAGCAGUGCCAGCAGCUGCAGACUGCCAUCGCAGAUGCGGAACAGCACGGGGAGCUGGCAUUAAAAGAUGCUCAGAAGAAACUUGGGGACCUGGAUGCUGCCCUGUAUCAGGCCAAGGAGGACCUGGCCCGGCUGCUGCGUGACUACCAGGCGCUCAUGAACGUCAAGCUGGCCCUGGAUGUGGAAAUCGCUACCUACCGCAAGCUGCUGGAGAGUGAGGAGAGCAGGAUGUCUGGAGAAUGUCCCAGUGCUGUCAGCAUUUCGGUGACGGGCAACUCUACCACUGUAUGCGGAGGCGGUGUGGCUGGCUUCGGGGGUGGCAUCUCCCUGGGUGGGGUUGGGGGGGCCAGCAAGGGCAGAUUCAGCACCAAUGCAGGCUACAGCACUGUCAAGGGAGGGCCUGUCUCUGGGGGCACCUCCAUCCUGCGGAAGACCACCACGGUCAAGACAUCCAGCCAGAGGUAUUAG